CUGGAAUGGGGAUGCAAGUUCUUGUUUGACUGAUUCCAGAAUUCAAAAUCCUCUAAUCGAGACCUCAGGAUUUUAAUGCUGAUGCUGCCAAAUGCCACCCGAGUGAUGCAACCAGGGAAGUGAUACCACUUGGACAAAUUCGAGGUUUAAGCCUUUUCAACAGAUUUUUGCGCUGCAUUUUAUUGAAAUUGGCGAAGCGCGGGAUAGAGAAAUAGGCGAAGGGGAAGAGAGAGAGAGAGAGAGAGAGAGAGAGGAAUGGAGAUGCUGAAAGACCUGAUUCCUGGGGAGAUGAGGAGGAGGAUUUACGAGAGCAGUAUCGACGAUCUUCCUUCCACCUGUUCCUCACUGAUCGAGUUCUUCCGUCCCUUGCCCCAAUUCCAGCAGGUUGUGAGAGAACUAAGCGAUCCGGCGCUGGGGAUGUGCGGCAAGGACCGGGAAUCUGCAGCAGCCAUGAAGGAGAAAGGGAAUGUGAGCUUUCGCAACGGGGAUUAUCCUGGAGCCCUGCAAUCAUACACCAAGGCAUUAUGUCUCUCUCCAAUGGAUAUCAAGGACAUCGACCGGAACUUGGUGGCAGCACUGUUUGUCAAUAGAGCUUCCACAAUGCGUAAGAUGGGUCUCUUGGAGGAGUCGGUACGUGACUGUAACCGUGCUCUUGUGCUUUUCCCAUGUUAUGGAAAGGCAUGGUAUCACAGGGGAAGGGCGAAUUUAUCUUUGGGGAACCAUAGCUAUGCAAUCAAGGACAUGAGUUUGGCCUUGACAAUGGAGAAGUUUUCUGCUGGAAGGAGACAAGUUGAGUCAGAACUCCAAGUUAUGAGACAAAAUUACAAAAACGGCGAACCAUGUAGCUCUUCUCAGGAAACUAGGGAAGUGGGCCUUGACUGUGUUGUUGAAACAUCAAAGGAGCAGCUGCAUAUUGUCACAUCACUUGAUAAAGGAAGGGGUUUGAUUUCACAGAAAGAUAUAUUUGCAAAUUGUCUUGUUCACUCCGAGGUGCCUUAUGCAACGGUCAUUUUCAAGCAUUACCGAGAAACUCACUGCCACUUUUGUUUUAGGGAGCUUCCAGUUGAUGUAGUGCCCUGUGCAUCUUGUAAAAUAUCAAUGUACUGUUCAGAAAGUUGCCAUGUGCGUGCUGGAGGAAAAAAAAUUUGUAGCAUGGGCACCAUUGAUAUUUCUUCAGUAGGAGAUUUGUCUGGAGAUCUUAUCCAGUAUAUUUCAGAUAUCAACUUGUUUUUGGUUAGUGAUGGAGCUGCCACGGAGAUGAGCCUUGAGCAGUUUCCUGAACAUAGACAUGAAUGUCUAGGAGUAAAUUGGCCUGCGGUUUUGCCUGUUGAGAUUGUCUUAGCUGGACGUAUUGUUGCACAUUCUUUAGAGAAAGAAGGAUGCUGUAUGAAGGACAUCAAAUUUAGAAACAAGUUGGACCUUUGCCAUCAUUAUCUCCGAACGCAGUCUGAGCAAAAAUUGGAGUGGCUUAUAUAUUCCAUUGUACUGAUGUACUGCCUUAAAGUUUUCUACAUUUCGGAUUCUUUACUCACUGGGUCUUCAGUUUCACAGCUGGUUAUUCUGAUGGCUCAAAUCAAUGUGAAUUCUAUGGCAAUUGUUCACAUUAAUUCUUCAGGUACAAGUAGCUUGUCAAACUGCUUGACUAAACAUGUAGCAAGUGCAGAAAGCCUUACUCGUGUAGAACAGGUGAAAGUGGGACAAGCUGUAUACCUAAAGGGGAGCUUAUUCAAUCAUUCAUGCCAGCCAAAUGUUCAUACUUACUUCCUAUCACGUACCCUGUUUGUCCGUGCAACUGAAUAUAUUCCUGCAGGGUCUCCGCUUGAGAUUUCAUAUGGUCCAGAGCUUGGCAAACAGGAUCUUCAGGAGAGGCAGCAGUUAUUGGCAAGCAGAUACAACUUCAUAUGUCAAUGCCGCUGCUGCUCACAAUUGAAUUUCUCUGACCUGGUUUUGCAUGCUUUUAGAUGUGUGAGAUCUGAUUGUUUUGGGGCCGUGUUACACUGUUCUGUGGUCAAAUAUGAGAAGUUUUCAAACAGUUGUGCACAAAAGGUCAUAAUGAUUUCACAGUCGAAACUUGGUUUGCCUGUCUGCAAGCAGAAGAGAGCUUCCAUUAACAAGGUUGCAAGCCUGUUGUUCGACGAAUCACAAAAUGCAUGUCAAAUUGAUCCAGGCUGUUGUCUAAAUUGUGGGUCGUACAGGGACCUUGCUGUCCCAAGUAUCUCAACCAAUAAAAUCAAAACAGAUUUUGAAAGAUUGCAGAGGAUGACUGUUUCAACCAAAGUUACAAUGGAGAUGAUUACUGAAGCUCUGAAGUCCCUUGGAACACUGAGAUCAACAAUGCAUCCUUACAGCAAGGACGUGGCACAGGCAGAGGAUCAUAUUGCAGAGGCAUUUUGCUCAAUGGGGAAGCCUGAAGCUGCUCUUCCACACUGUAAAGCUUCAAUAAAGGUUGUUGAGAAUCUUUAUGCUUCUAACCACAUUGCUGUUGCAAAUGAGUUUAUGAAGCUGGCUACACUUCAUUUGACCAUGGAUGACAGUGCAUCUGCCAUGGAUGUCAUAAAACGGGUGAUGGACAUAUUCAUGCUGUUUUAUGGGUCUCACUACAGAAUUAUCUCCCCAUAUUUGGAGAAUCUCUUGUUGAAAAUGGAGAAAUUUCCUCCAGAUGGGUGAAGCUAAGCCAUAGUAGGUUGUUUCCCAUCAUGGUAUCAAAACGGUUGUUUAUAACUGUUCCUUUUAUUUUAAGUGUGUAGGUUGUUUGUCAUCCGUAUUUUGUUUCUUGUAUUAUAUAUAAGCAAAAUGAGGAACGGUAAAAAUCACUGUCUCGAUUGUAGUCACGUGGUUGAUUUAAACCAAAGCUAUUAAAUUUCUGGCCGAUUAUUUUUUGAUCGGAUCAA